AGCUCCAGCCGCCGCCGCAGCAUGAGGUUCUCCACGCUCUGUCGCCUAAGCCGGGGAGCCGCCGCCCCGCUAGCGGGGAGGAAGGGGACCGCGCCCCGCCGGGGCACGGCCAGUACCUGGGGCCGCUGGGAGACGCAACAGGCUGGCGGCGCGCGGGGCUCGGCUGCCGGAGAAAUCAUUCAGAAUUCAAAGAAAGUCCUGGCAUCGUUGCAGAAAGGACACCCUACAUUUAAGCCGACACUUGCCAUUGUACAGGUGAGUGAUGAAGAUUUGGUGCAAGAAGUAAACCAGAACUUUGCCAAAGAGAUUGGUCUGCACGUUAUUCACAUUUGCCUCCCUCAGGGUAGCAGUGAAGAUGAGAUUGUUGGUGAAAUCUUGAGACUCAAUGAAGAUCCUACGGUUCAUGGCGUUGCCCUUCACCUUUCUGAAAAUGCAUACAGCAGCAAAAUAUUAAAUGCAGUAAAACCAGAGAAGGAUGUGGAUGGAGUAUCAGAUGUAAACCUGGGACGGUUGGUGCGUGGAGAUACUUACAACUGUUCAGUUUCUCCCACUGCCAGCGCUGUGAUGGAGCUUCUUGAAAAACUAGCAGUUAAAACUGUAGAUGGAAAGAAGGUGUUACUAGUGGAAACUUGUGGGCCUCUGGAAGCCUCUUUGCAGUGCCUGCUUCAGAGAAAAGGUGCCAUGACUAUGAGCUGUCAGUGGAAAACACAGCAACUUCAGAGCAAGCUUCAUCAGGCAGAUGUGGUGGUGGUAGGCAGUACCAAACCUAAAGAGAUUCCAGUCAGUUGGAUAAGGCCUGGAACAACCAUUGUCAAUUGUUAUCCUGACUUUUUAUCAGGGGAACAUGGUUAUGGUCAAGAUGUAAAGUACAGUAACCAGUCUGCUAUAGAGGCUGUAGGUCCUCUGACAAUAGCAAUGCGGAUGCAGAACAUGGUAAAAACCAGCGAGAGAUGGAUCCAGUCUCAGCAAUACAGGGAGUGGAACCUCCAUUGCUUGAAACUUCAGCCCCUCUCCCCAGUGCCCAGUGAUAUUGAGAUUUCCCGAGGACAGAGUCCAAAAGCUGUUGAUGUACUUGCCAAGGAGAUAGGAUUGCUUGCAGAUGAAAUUGAAAUCUAUGGCCAAACCAAAGCCAAAGUACGUUUGUCCCUGCUGGAAAGGUUAAAGGAUCAAACAGAUGGAAAAUACGUUCUAGUUGCUGGGAUAACACCUACACCGCUUGGAGAGGGGAAGAGCACUGUCACGAUUGGUCUUGUUCAAGCUCUAACUGCACAUCUUAAUGUGAAUUCCUUUGCUUGUCUGAGACAACCUUCCCAGGGACCUACUUUUGGAGUUAAAGGUGGGGCUGCUGGAGGUGGAUAUGCUCAAGUCAUUCCAAUGGAAGAGUUCAACCUUCAUUUGACUGGAGAUAUCCAUGCUAUUACUGCUGCUAAUAAUUUGCUGGCUGCUGCUGUUGAUGCAAGGAUCUUGCAUGAAAGCACUCAGUCUGAUAAGGCUUUGUAUAAUAGGCUGGUUCCAGUAGUUAAUGGUGUGAGAGAAUUUUCUUCUAUUCAGCUUGCCCGCUUGAAAAGGUUGGGAAUAAACAAGACCGAUCCAGGCACUUUAACAGCAGAUGAGAUUAAUAAAUUUGUACGCCUUGAUAUUGACCCAUCUACUAUAACAUGGCAAAGAGUAUUGGAUACAAAUGACCGAUUCCUGCGAAAAAUAACAAUUGGGCAGGCAAAUACAGAGAAGGGAUUUUUCCGACAGGCUCAGUUUGACAUUGCCGUUGCAAGUGAAAUCAUGGCAAUCUUAGCACUGACCACCAGCCUGGCAGAUAUGAAAGAGAGACUGGGGAAAAUGGUGGUGGCUAAUGACAAAAAUGGACAGCCAGUGACAGCUGAGGAUUUGGGAGUAACAGGUGCUUUGGCAGUUUUGAUGAAGGAUGCAAUUAAGCCAACACUAAUGCAGACUUUAGAGGGAACUCCAGUAUUUGUGCAUGCUGGACCGUUUGCUAAUAUUGCACAUGGAAACUCUUCAGUUUUGGCAGACAAGAUUGCCCUGAAGCUGGUUGGAGAAGAAGGAUUUGUGGUAACUGAAGCUGGUUUUGGUGCUGACAUUGGGAUGGAGAAAUUCUUCAACAUCAAAUGCAGAGCAUCUGGCUUAGUUCCCAGUGUGGUUGUGCUUGUUGCUACAGUGAGGGCUUUGAAAAUGCACGGAGGAGGGCCAAAUGUAACUGCUGGUGCCCCUCUUAAGAAAGAAUAUACAGAAGAGAAUCUCCAGCUGGUAGCUGAUGGCUGUUGUAAUCUACAGAAGCAAAUUCAGAUUGCUCAACUCUUUGGAGUUCCUGUUGUAGUUGCUCUAAAUGUCUUCAAAACUGACGCCCAUGCUGAAGUUGAUUUAGUCUGUGAGAUUGCAAAACAGUCUGGAGCAUUUGAUGCAGUGCCCUGCAAUCACUGGUCAGCUGGCGGUAGAGGAGCUGUGGAAUUGGCUCAGGCUGUGAGAAAAGCUGCCAGUCAGGAAAACCACUUCAAAUAUCUGUAUAACUUGGAGCUUCCUAUUAUUGAAAAAAUAAGGAUCAUUGCUCAGAAGGUUUAUGGAGCUGAGGAUAUAGAAUUGUCUCCUGCAGCACAAUCUCAAAUCAGUCGUUACAGCAAACAGGGUUUUGGAAAUCUUCCAAUUUGUAUGGCAAAAACUCACCUGUCCCUCUCCCACCAGCCUGAGAGGAAAGGUGUUCCAACUGGCUUCAUUCUUCCUAUUAGUGAUGUGCGGGCCAGCAUCGGAGCUGGGUUCAUCUACCCAUUAGUAGGAACGAUGAGCACCAUGCCAGGACUUCCUACAAGGCCUUGCUUCUAUGACAUUGACCUUGAUCCAGACACAGAGCAAGUUAAAGGGUUGUUUUGAGAGAGGUCUCCAAGUUCAGAAUUCUGAAAAUACAAACUGCUACGUCACUAUUUCCUGCAAUAGGAGACAAGAGUGAAUUUGAAAUAUGCCUGUUAUGUGUCUCUGGAGGGAUAUCAGGAUAGACCAAAGAGGAAAAAAAUCUACUCUUCCUUCUACCCAUUUUUAUGACAUAAAAAAAAAAAGUUUGUUACAAACUAAUUUAUUCUUGGUUUAGUGGAGAGAAAUUUUUUGCCAUGCUUACUAUUGCUUGCAUUUCUGAAUGUUUGUUUUGUCGAUAAAAUGGUGUGAACAGAAAGGUGAAAUUUUCCACUCCAGGAUUUUGUAUUCUUUAUUUGAGCUGCUAACAAAAGUAUUUCCCUUGUCAAUGGCUGUCUAAAAAAUUAACAUAAACGGGAUUACACGGCCUUAUAAAGCCUGUUGCUCUUGAAAGAGUACAGUUCAGCUGCUGGCAUUCAGGAGCUGAAACCACACACAAAUUAGCUGCACAUUUCUGAGUUAUCAGCAAGUGUUGCUAUGGGCACUGCUGGGGAAGAGCCAAAUUUCAAAUGAGGGGACUGUUGAAGAAUAACAAACAAGACUUCUUUAAUACAGAAUUUGUAUUUCCUCUGUGGGCAAACAGCUUUGAAAAACUUAAAACAUAGUGUGUCCCAUAGUCAUAGGUACUUUUAUCUGUCAAAGGUGCUUGUUACCAGUUCUACAGUGUUUUUGGUCUAUUUUGUUCAGUAUCUCGGCUAUAAAUCCCAAAUGUCAACAAGCUUUGUUUCUUUUUAAAAUCAGCUGUCUAAGGAGACAGAAGGAAUGUCUGUCUUGUCAGUUUUUUGAAAAAUAUCAACCUCCAACCUUGUUUCCCAGUGAAGUGGGUUAUUGUCAUUAUUCUAGAGGGUUUUUCUUGCAGUGCAAAAUUGAGGGUCUGGUGUUGCAUUUACAGUCAGCAGGUGGUACUGCCAGUGAAAACUGACCAUUCUUUAUUUGGGGGUUGCAGUAUGCUAUCCCCAUGCACCAGCCCCCCU